UUACAAAUUAUGUAAAUACAGCUUUACAUCAGAUGUCAGGAGAUUCUUCUUUUCCCAGGGGGUUAUUCACUUUUUGGAAAAUGCUGCUGGCAUUGGCAGCUGCUACUGGUUUACAGUAAAAGCGCAUAAGGGAACUAGACAAAUUUCUAGAAGUUGAUAGAGCUGUAUUCAGAAGGUAGGAUGUUGAGUUAUUUUUAUCUUCCGAAAAUAGUUUUUGAUUGUCUUGGGGAUUGAAGAAGAAUUUUCAAAUGUUAUUUACCUUGAAAUAAAAGCAAAACACUGGAAAUGAACACACAGACAUAUGAACGAGGAACAAGUGUUCAGCCUUUCAAGACUGCUCUGUCAUCUAAUAAGAUUAUUGUUGACCUAAUUGUAAGCUCAAAUCCACAUGCUGCCUACCCUGGUAAUCUUUCACACUGUUUAUUAAGAAGAAUGUACCUCUGUUUCAAAGACUGCAUUUCAAUUGCCGUUUCAAACACUAAAAACCACCUAGAAGAUUAAAACUUUGCCUCAUCUCUAUCUUAAAUUGGUGAUGCUUAUUUUUAAAUAGUGACUGCAAGUUCUAGAUUCUCCUAUUAGAGAAAACAUCUCUAUACAUCUACCCUGCCAAGACUCCUUAGGAUGAUGUAUUUCACUCAAGUCACUUCUUGCUCUUCGAGAUACAAGAUGACAAACUCUUCAAGAAAGUAGUAUGGAUAACAGGGGCCUCUUCUGGAAUUGGAGAGGAGCUGGCAUAUCAACUAGCAAAAUUAGGAGCUUUUUUGGUGCUUUCUGCUAGGAGAGUUGCUGAACUGGAACGAGUUAAGCAAAACUGCCUUGGGGAUGGUAGAUUGAUUUGGAGCCAAUAUGUUUGUUGAUGGAGUUCCGGUUGGAAUGCCGUGCUUCUAGGAAUUCUCGUGCGUGUCUCUGUUUGGCUUGUCCUAGGAUGGAUGUGUUGUCCCAAUCAAAGUGGUGUCCUUCCUCAUCUGUAUAUCAUAGCAAGCUACAAGAAAAGGACAUUCUUGUUCUGCUACUUGACCUGAAUAUUGACAUUUUGAUCAACAAUGCUGGACGUUCCCAACGCUCCUUAUUCCUGGACACCAACCUUGAUGUCUAUGAAGCUAUAAUGCACCUGAACUUCCUUGGUACAAUCUCACUGACCCAAUGUGUGUUACCUUACAUGAUCAAGCAGGAGAAAGGACAAAUAGUCACUGUUAGUAGUUUGGCAGGUCUCGUUGGUGCACCUGUUUCUACAGGUUAUGCAAGUAGUAAACAUGCUCUUCAGGGAUUUUUUAAUUCCCUUCGACCAGAGCUUGCGAAUUACCCAGAGAUUAUAAUUAGCACUGUUUGUCCAGGACUGGUCCACUCUAAUAUUGUGAAAAAUGCAUUUACUGAAGAGAUAAAUAAGACUGUAUCUGAGAAUUCCGCACAAACCUACAAAAUGUCCACUACACGCUGUGUCCAGCUGAUGCUAGUUGGUAUGGCAAACGAAUUAAAGGAAAUGUGGAUUUCCGGGCAGCCGCUUCUGCUUUAUGUUUAUUUGUGGCAGUAUGCUCCCACGUUGGCCUGGUUAAUUGCAAACAAGAUGUCUGUGAAAAGAGUCAAAAACUUAAAAAGUGGACUAGAUGCUGAUGUAUCUUAUUUUGGUGAUGUAAAGAAUAAAGCAGCUUGAAACAAUAGCCAUUAUGUAGUAGUGGAGAAGGUGAAGUUUUGGAGCAUCUUAAUCGUCUGGUUGUGUGGAACUUGAACACUGCUGAAUUUUUUUUUUCAUGGACUUAUCAGGACAUUUUACAAGAAUACCAGUGUAAAGUGAACAACAUUUUAUACUGUCUGAGAAGAGUGCUGAUUGGUAGAGGCAUUUCCAUGGAGACUGUCAUUUCAUUGAAUGACAGUUAAUUGCUAAGCUUUCAUUUUGAAUCGGUCAGUUUAACUGUGAAGGCAGUGCCCUGAGGAAUGAUUCAAAGAAUAACUAUUGCUUAUUUUAAGUUGAAACAAAUGCAGUAUCUGAACAUGUCUUUGUGUCUGCAAGGAUCAGGAUUCUGUGUAUUAAUAGUGCCCAGUUUAUCUCCAACUGCCCUUCAAAGGUAAGGCAUCUUCAAAUUGAGCAAAGGUAAAGAUAGGUGUUUCGUGCUAUUUUGCGGUAAUUUCCAACGGGUGCUUUGACAGGAUGUAUUUUUCUCAGCAAUACUCGCUGAUGGUUUUGACUUAAAUCACACCUUUGUUUACUAUCUAAUAUCAUUUUCACACACUUUAAAUUUAAUAUUGUGCAUACAUAUUGGUUUUUACUCCUUCGAGUCAUAGAACAUGUUAAGACUCCUCUGUAAAUGUCAUCUCAAUUUUAGUUCAAUGCUUGAAGUGUUUUCUCUGUUCUGUGCAGUUAAAAUAGUGGCAAAAUUCUACCAACAUAUUUUCCCCCAUUUCCCUAAUAAAGGGAUACUAACA